AUGGCUGAAGAACAACCAGCAGAUAUUCCUUUCGAUGAAGAUCCAGACUUGAGUGACUCGGACUUCAAUGACUGGAACAAUGAUGUGUAUGAUGAUGAUGACAUCCUGUUUGAUCGUAAUGUAACAAAAGGUAUCGAAAUGGAUAUGAUUCCUGUAAUAGAGUAUGAACAAGCUCCCAAAUCAGAUAGUUCUUCACAUGCAUCUUCGGAGGAGUUAAAUUUCAGAAGUGGUUCGGAGUCAAAGGAGAACAAUGGUCAACAGAAAUUUCCUGAAUAUAAUGCUGAAAAUGGGAAGAGGAAUCCACAUCUUGAGGUUGGAUUGCUGUUUUCUUCAUUCGAGGAGUUGAAAUAUGUUUUGAGGACGUAUGUGGUGUUCAAUCGGGUUGAACCUAUUUUCAAGAGAAAUGAUAGAGAUCGGGUUCAUUGCGUAUGUAAAGAUGGAUGCAAUUGGAGGUUGUGGGCGUCUAAGGUUCAAGGUCUACUUCUAUUAUGGUCUUCUCUAUACAAGUUCGCGAACAAGGUUUUCGGAACAAAGCAUGGGGCUUCUGUGUGUUCUAUAAGUUCAAGGGAGUUUAAAGCCUGCAAUGGAAGAAUAUCUGAGACUCGAAUUCGAAGGGCUGUGCACUAA